AUGACAGUGAUCAAACUUUUCUUCAAGUGGGUGAGGCGGUUUUGGGAGUGGCCUCUCUUAACAAAGCGAAAUCCUUUAUUGCUAGAAAAGAACUGUUGUAUUACCUCAAAUAUAGUAGCCUAUAUUAAAUCAAUGACAAGAAUCAAGGCUAUUUUUGGGCACGAUCAAUAUAUCAUUAAUGUACUUAAACUGUAAAUUAUUAGGUGUACCAAUGUUUUGAAAUGCAUUGUGUCCACAUGUGUGGUUGAAUUGUGAUUUUAUGAAUUGGCAAAUAAAUCAAAUCAAAUUAAAAUCACAAUAAAUGUAAGGUAUUUAUAACAACAAAAACAGCUUGCAGCAUCUGGCUGGCCAUGGUUAGCUGGAAGGUGGCAGACCGAAUUUGAGAUUAGAAAAACUCCUUGCUAUUGUCUUUCAAAUUAACUCAUGGCUAUAGGGCUUAUAGUGGUCCUCUGAAUGGGGGCUACCCACAAGAGAUGCAAAUCAUGUCUUAAACGCAAACGCCAACCGCCCGCUGACAGUAGGAAUUUAUAGCCUUGGGCCUAAUGAAUUUAUUUCAAUUGACAGAUUUACUUAUAUGAACUGUAACUCAGUAAAAUCUUUGAAAUUGAAUGUUUAUUCAGUAUUGUUUAAUUUUCACAAGCAUAUGGAAUACUAGAGUAAGGAUAUACAGUGCAUUCGGAAAGUAUUCAGACCCCUUCCCUUUUUCCACAUUUUGUUACGUUACAGCCUUGUUCUAAAAUUGAUUAAAUGAAAGCAAAUCCUUAUCAAUCUACACACAGUACCCCAUAAUGACAAAGCGAAAACAGGUCUUUAGAAAUGUUUGCAAAUUUAUAAAAAAUAAAAAACAGAAAUACCAUAUUUACAUAAGUAUUCAGACCUUGUGCUAUGACACUCGAAAUUGAGCUCAGAUGCAUCCUGUUUCCAUUGAUCAUCCUUGAGAUGUUUCUACAACUUGAUUGGAGUCCACCUGUGGUAAAUUCAAUUGAUUAGACAUUAUUUGGAAAGGCACACACCUGUCUAUAUAAGUUCCCACAGUUGACAGUGCAUGUCAGAGCAAAAAUCUAACCAUGAGGUCGAAGGAAUUGUCCGUAGAGAUCCGAGACAGGAUGGUGUCGAGGCACAGAUUUGGGGAAGGGUACCAAAAAAUUUCUGCAGUAUUGAAUGUCCCCAAGAACACAGUGGCCUCCAUCAUUCUUAAAUGGAAGAAGUUUGGAACCACUAAGACUCUUCCUUGAGCUGGCCGCCCAGCCAAACUGAGCAAUAGAGGGAGAAGGGCCUUGGUCAGGGAGAUGACCAAGAACCCGAUGGUCACUCUGACUAAGCUAAAGAGUUCCUCUGUGGAGAUGGGAGAACCUUCCAGAAGGACAACAAUCUCUGCAGCGCUCCACCAAUCCGGCCUUUAUGGUAAAGUGGCCAGAUGGAAGCUACUCCUCAGUAUAAGGCACAUGACAGCCUGCUCGGAGUUUGCCAAAAGGCACCUAAAGGAAUCUCAGACCAUAAGAAACGAGAUUCUCUGGUCUGAUGAAACCAAGAUUGAACUAUUUGGCCUGAAUGCCAAGUGUCACAUCUGGAGGAAACCUGGCACCAUCCCUACAGUGAAGCAUGGGGGUGGAGGCAUCAUGCUGUGGGCUGUUUUUCAGCAGCAGGGACUGGGAAACUAGUCAGGAUCGAGGGAAAGAUGAACGCUGCAAAGUACAGAGAGGCCCUCACAGAUCUUGACAAUUACCCUAAGCACACAGCCAAGACAACGCAGGAGUGGCUUCAGGACAAGUCUCUGAAUGUCCUUGAGUGGCCCAGCCAGAGCCCGGACUUGAACCCGAUCUCUGUGCAGCAACGUUCCCCAUCCAACCUGACAGGAUCUGCAGAGAAGAAUGUAAGAAACUCCCCAAAUACAGGUGUGCCAAGCUUGUAGCGUCAUACGCACGAAGACGCGAGGCUGUAAUCGCUGUCAAAGGUGCUUCAACAAAGUACUGAGUAAAGGGUCUGAAUACUUAUGUAAAUGUGAUAUUUAAUUUAAUUUGAAAACAUUUCUAAAAUCCAGUUUUUGCUUUGUCAUUAUGGGAUAUUGUGUGUAGAUUGAUGAGGGACAAAAGCAAUUUAAUCAGUUUUAGAAUACGGCUGUAACGUAACAAAAUGUGGAAGAAGUCAAGGGGUCUGAAUACUUUCCGAAUGCACUGUAUAGGAAAAUAAAAAUAAGCCUUCAGAAUAUUUUCUUUCAAGGCAAGUCCAUCUUAUUCAAACUGCUUGCCUUUUUGACCCCUUUUGAUUUUUUUGGCUGCAACCAUACAACCAAACCCUGAGCCCAGUGAACUGUUUGUUACAUUGCUCAUCUUAAAUAAAUGUCAAAAAUGUCAGAAGCCUCCAGGUCAGGAUAUUCUUUAUAUCUCCUGAGCUGCUAACCCACUUCCCAGCUGCAUACAUUCCACCCUCCUGCAAGCCACUUGCCUUGAAGACUUCAAUGUUGAUUUUAUAAAAUAAAUAAAACAUAACAAAGAGAAUAGAGUCAUAUAAUAUGGCUAGCAAGCCACCAAACAGGCCCCUACUUCUGUGACUACGACCAAAUUUGCACCCUAUUCCCUAUUCACUUAUAGUACUACUUUUGACCAGAGCCCUAUGGGCCUCUAUAGGCACUAGAAGGUGUAUAGGGUGCCAUCUGGGAUGCACACUAUUACUCCCGGCAAGGCACCUAAGCUCAAUUUGGGAAGACGGAUGUGACAGCUCCCUGGUACAGUCUCUUGUAGUUGCUCCUCCUGAGUUGCUGACUCCUCCAAUUUUCUCUCCUGUUUCUCUCUUUCUGUGAACUAAAAGUGCUGAGGAAGUAUUCCAGCAGAACACUUCAUAGAAAGAACUACUCAUACAACUCUAGAACAUUGCUGUUAAUCACUCCCAACCCCCACUGUCUCAAACACCGUUGUACUAUAUAUAACAUUCAUUCUAUGUUCUGUAUUUUACUGGUGUUGUUUGCAACGCUACCUCCAGUGCUCUGUCUUUAACUUGUGUUGAUGCAUCACCUGUGUCACAUUUUAUGUUCUUUCUUUUCCUGCUGUGCCACCUCCAGUGUGUGCUAGGCUUCAUCACACCGUACUGUUGUACUUUAUUACAUCCAUUGCCACCUCCAGUGUCUCAUACAUAACACACCAUACUGUUAUACUUUAUAACAAAUACCUACUAUAUUUUUUGCUGCCGCUGUCUUGGAAGCCACCUCAAGUGUGCUGUCUUAUACCGUUGAUGUAGUGCCUGCAACUAUUGCACUUUACCCAGAUCUUUCUUUCUCUGCUGCUGUCUUGUAUGCCACCUCCAGUCUGUUAAUUACUCAGCUCCCUACCUGCAAGCCUUUGAAACCUGUACGCUAGAACUGCAGGAUCUGAUUUAUUUUGAGGAAUUUAGCAGGUUGGUUGAUGAACAUGCUCUCUUUUAUCGGAGUUGUCUUUUCUUGUAUGCCACCUACCAGUGCUGUCGCUGCAGUCUCUUCCUUUUCAAAAUCAGAGCAUCCAUUAUCAAGAUUACAUUUCAGUACAAUUGUACAUUUACAGCUUUAAUUUCCACACUGUAUAAGCACUUGCAUUUAGUGGAUAAGCACUUUGUGACAACUGCUGAUGAAAAAAAGGGCAUUAUAAAUACAUUUGAUUGAUUUACAUUUCCAGCAACAGUAAGGAUCAUCAGGAGACUAUGCUGAUAAUCAAUGCUGAGGAAUGUAGUUGUAUGAAUACUGUAUGCUAUCGAUUCAAACCAAUGUACCAGAUGCAUAGUCUAGGCCUUGCUCCAGCAGGGUUUAUAGUAUCUGGGCUGAAUCAUAGUGCCUUGGUCCUGACAGGACCGUAUUUCUGCCUCUCCGCAGUGAAUCCCAUUAAAGCACUCGUGGUAAUCGGCCAUAAGAAGGGUUAUGUCCCAAAGGGCACCCUGUUCCCUGUAUAGUACACUACUUUUGACCAGGGCCCAUAGAGCUCUGGUAAAAAGCAGUGCACUAUGUAGGGAAUAGGGUGCCAUUUGGGAUGCAGAAGGGUGCCAUUUGGGAUGCAGAGGAGAAAAGGCAGAAGCCAGGCAGAACCCUCACCUCUCUGCUUCCUCCGUCCAGCACAGUGAAGUGAAGGAUCCCUAGGUCAAAGACAAACUAUACGUCAGCUCUUCCACAGCUAAUGGAAGUAAUAGAUGUUUAUUAGCACCGCAUCAAUUGUUUUACACGCGUCGGCCAAGGAGGAGUGAGGGAGCGAGAGAGGAGAGGGAGGGAGGGGUGGUUUAGUCACUCUGUGAGCGUGACGCGCCCAAGCAUGAAGGGUAUGUUGGCAGGAUGUUCUGUGGAGGUUCAGUGAUCCAUCAAAGAGAAAGAGCCUCCUCUCUCUCCUCGCUCUGUGCCGGAAAUCUUCUACAAGCCCGCGGUAACUCCCAUUUUGUCUCCUUCCCUCUCCCCCAUCCUCCCCUCGUCUCCCCUACAGAAUGACUCGUGGGGUAAGCAGUACUCGUACGCUCUCUUCAAGGCCAUGAGCCACAUGCUGUGUAUCGGGUACGGCGCCCGGGCGCCCGUCAGCAUGUCCGACCUGUGGAUCACCAUGCUCAGUAUGAUUGUGGGCGCCACCUGCUACGCCAUGUUCGUCGGCCACGCCACCGCUCUCAUCCAAUCACUGGACUCGUCCCGCAGGCAGUACCAAGAGAAGGUAAGCCCUUACUUAAUAUAAAAUCAUAUUAUGUUUUUAUUAUGCUUUUGUUUUUAUUAUCAUUAUUUAUCAACACUAUGGUUUCCUGCACCUGGUCUUCCAUCUUAUGUUGUUAGUUUUCAUCAUGAGGUAAGUGAUGUAUUAUUUUCAAAGCUUUUAUAUAUUUUUCAAUUCUCUCAGGUGGAUUAUGCCUACUCUGGGCCUGUAUUUUAG